AUGGGAAGCAGAUCGCAAUUUUGCAAUAUGGCGGUGAAUUGAGCCAAAGUCGCGGUGCUGUGCCAUCAGAAAAUGUAUUUUUCAUAGUCGCGCAACGUCUUUUAUUAUACUCUUUAUGUAUGCGACAGUGUAAUACGGAUUCGGGUCGCGUUAGACGAUACACUGUGCAUGUAAAUAUGAGUGUAACGAAGCACAACGUUAUUUCGAAGGUGACACCCCGCAACUCGGUGUGGUGCUCGACCACGUAUGGCAGAGACUAGAAUCCGAGAUAAGGAAGCUCUGCUUCGCCUAAGUAAUAUACGUAUCGCAAAUCAAAAUUACCACCAAAAAGUAGCGAUGUGGUGGUUACCCAUCCCGAACUGUGAAAACAUAUAUGCAAAAUUCAAACAUUUUAUCAACCGUUGUAACUUGUGAUCGUAUAUGUGUGCCAAACAAAAAUACAUAAAAGGGCAUUGAAAAAAUCCAAUGGUUUCCUGACAUAAUGGAAAGUAAAUUAUAUGUGAAAAAUGAGCCGGGACUGGACGGGCAAUCACUUACAAAUCAACAACCAAACCCAUCUUCAGAGGAUACUAGUGGAGCUAGGGUUUGUUUUGUUUGUGGUACAAUAGGUCACGGAGAACAGUAUUGGCUUAGAGUAAAGCCAAGUCCAGGCGGUGCACCAAAUGAACCUUACUUUCCAUUUCUUGAAUCCCAUGAACCACCUGCUGGAUAUCGUGGGGAAGGAGCUAGAAGUGGAACAGUUAAGGCAUGCAGUCUUUGUUAUGCCUUGCUGUUGCAACAAUGGGAGAGUUAUGAACAAGAUGCUAGACCUCAUAGUCAACGAAUUUAUUGGUUGAAACGAUGCGAUGGAGGGCCUUUUACGGGAGCUGAGAUGGCUCUUCAGGGAGAAUAUGCGGCUCAAGUUCUGGGAUUGACCAAUGACCAAACCCCGCAGCUCAGACCUGAAAAUCGACCGAUUGGAAUUUCUCCGCGACUUCCGCUAAAUUCACCAUCGCCUAGAGUGGAACAGACAAGACCACCAUCGAAUUCCAUUGAGCUGCCAAGGCCACAUUCUAACACGGCUGAAACGCACAGACAUUUGGAACAAGCAAGGCUUACAAUGGAAUCUCCCCAUCAAAGACUGCAAUCGCCGCAUCAAAGGUUACAAAGUCCUCGACAGCCUGUGGAAGAUUCAAGAAUAUCAAACGAGGCGGCGUUAGAUUUGAGACAUGCACCGAGGAGUUCACCUGCGCCACAACCAACUUUGCCACCACAACCUCAACCCAUUUAUAGCGGUGGAUCAACGUCGAGUACCGGCACAGAUAUUUUAGAUCUUUCGAUGCCAGACAAAAAUUCAGUUACGGAAGUUUGUUAUGUGUGCGGAGACGAAUUCAAAAGAGGGUCACUUAGUCAUAUUGCAGCAAAACCACUGCCAAUCCCACCACAUCCUUCUGCUAGUCCCCCGCCAUUUUUUCCUUCGCUAAUGCUUCAUCCAAGACCAAGCAGAAGUCGACCAAUGGAUAGCGCCGGUCGUGUCCAAGCUUGUUCAGCAUGUCAAAAUCACCUUCUGCUGCAAUGGAAGGCGUAUACCCGGCAAGGAGUCCCGCAUGGUGAUCGAAAUUACACGCUUCGUAAACGACAAGCACCUGCUAUGGAUACAACUACUUUUAUUUGUUAUACUUGUGCGCUUGAGUACCCUUCGUCCAGUAUUAGACUUCUUUAUUGCUGUCCUAAUCCCGAGAAGGAGGCGUACUACCCUUUUAUUUAUUCUCUGAGACCUCCACCAGGAGCUAGUCCUAUUAGUCCUCAGGGAAUGGUGCAAGUUUGCUCCAUUUGUUACAAAGCUAUACCACAAAAACAGCAAGUAUUUGGUGGAGAAAAUCACGAGGCUCAACCGUCUGGGCAGAACGUAGAUUUUCGUCAACAAGGUCCCUCUCCAAGACCCGCAGUGGCAAAAUCUCCAGCUAAUUCUGCUGGUAGUGAUAUUCGUUUCAAACCAUACGAUUUGAACAAAUCUAGCGUUGCUACGAAUAAGCAACGCAGCGCAACCAUAAAAGGAUCCACUCCAGGACAACGAAACUCUCCUAACAACGGUCCUGCCGAGAAUGGAACGGUUGCUCUUGGCCAAAAUUAUAGGUGCUAUAUUUGUGAGAGAUUGUAUCCUCGCUCUCACAUGGAAUGGUUAUCCACAAGUCCAGAGGGAAUGAAUUCACAUGCUAUGCAUUUUCCAUGUUUACGUGGAAUGGCACGUACAUCAGAAAAUGCUUGCAUGGAUAGUCAUGGCAGAGUGUUAGCUUGUAGUCAUUGCGUGAAUCAUCUUGCCCAACAGUGGGAAAGCAUGGAUGCUGAACGAGUUCCUUUAGAACAUCGCAGGUAUGAUAUUCCUAGUCCACAUCCAAAUGGCGAUGUGAAUCGAUCAAUCGCCACCCCACCGAGUUCUAAUUCAGAUCGAACGUUUGGUAGUAACCCAGGCACAUCGAGCAGUUCUAUAUAUUGUUUCUUAUGUGGCUUGCAUAGUGAUUUGACUCUCGCAAGAGUGUUGUAUGGUCGCCCUCAGGGCCGUAAUGCACCGUUUUUCCCUGAAUUACUGCGCCAUCAGUCUCCGCCAAACGCUGAACAACUUAGGGAAGAUGGUUCAGCGUUAGUAUGCACAUUCUGUUACCAUUCUUUGUUGGCGCAAUGGCGUCGAUACGAAUCUCUUCCCAGUGGUCAACAAGUAAACGCUGCAGAGAGGCAAUAUAAUACGCAUGAUUAUUGCUGUUACGUUUGUGGUAUCACAACGUACAGAAAGCGAGUCAGAGCACUGCUCGUAAAGGAUUUUCCCUUCUUGAGGUAUCACAGACAGCCUGAAAAGAGCCUUUUAUUGGAAAACGGUGAUUUCGCAGUGGUCUGUUUGGAUUGUUACGAAACAUUGCGCACUCAAAGCCUUGAAUACGAACGAUGGGGCUUGCCCGUUGAAAAACGCGAAUAUAAUUGGAUAGUGCAACCUCCGCCACCAGAGGAUAGUCCUGAUGCGGCUGUCGCGAGAUUGCCAUCUGGAGAAAGGUCUGAGAAGGUGGUUCCAUCGACUUUAACGGUUAAACCUGCACGAAAAAACUGUUCCCCGAAGGCACCGGAUAAAAAAGUUCCGGCAAAGGUUCCAGAAAAAGAACAAGGUCUUCAGCCUGCCAGCACCAAAGCGCAACCUACCACGAUCAGCAAAUCUCAUAGACCCAGUUCUGGCGUGUUACCUCAGGGUCAUACCCCUGGUCCUGGUCCAGGUGGCCAACAAAAUAGCAGAAGUUUUGCCGCCGCUCUGAGAAACCUGGCUAAACAGGCAGGGCCGGCACCUCAGGAAGAAGAACCUCGUGCGAGUCCCAAAAAUCGAGCCCCACCUCCUCUGGUUAGAGGUCCUUCCCCUGCCAAGGAACGAUCCACGCACGAGAGAAGACCAGAAGAAAUUCCCUCGUUAUACACGACUGCGAGACCCGCGGAUACCAGCAAACAUAGCGUGACUGCCGCCGCUUCCGAAUUGCUGGCCCGAUCCGGUUUUCAACCGUACCGGCCUGAGCAUCAUCCGGCCCACGCUCCACCGGCUUUCGCCCUCGAUCCCGCGGCCUACAAUCCUUAUCACCACGGUCUCUACCCACCGCCACACCUUCAACACGCUUAUAGAUUAGAGGAACAGUUGUAUUUGGAACGGUGUGGAAUGCUGAGACCGCCAUUAUUUCCUGGGUUACCUUCGUAUCCUCUGUACGGACUAAGAUAUAGUCCGGACAUGUUACCGCCCGCGUCCCUCGGACUCAUGUCUCCCGUGAUGCACGAGAGACUGAAACUGGAGGAGGAGCAUCGGCUGAGGCAAGCACGGGAACAAGCCGCGCUGCGCGAGGAGGAGGAGAGGAGAAGAGCGGCACGAAAUUCCGCUCCUGCCGCCCCGGUACCCGCGCCUGCACCUGCAUCCGCCGAUACUGCAGCUAGGAAGCCGACCAUAGCGGCUCAGAUGCAUAGCGAGCGGGAGCGAGAACGCGAGAACAGAGAUCGUCCAAGCGGGAGCAGUAGCGGCGGAGGCGGAGGCGGAAGUGGCGGUGGUGGCAAUAGCAGCACGGGCACCAACAGCGGGAGCAACGCGGGUAACGCUAACGUUGGAUCCGUCGGUAACAGUCACCAUCGCGUCGAGUCGAGGAAAGAAGAGCAACAACCGCAACAACAACAACAACAACAACAACAACAACAACAGGUGCAACAGUCGCCACAAGUGCCGCCACUACCACCACCACCGCCACCACCGCCGCUACCACCACCAGCAUCAUCGUCGCAACAAUCGCAACAUCAACGCGGCAAUAAUAUGAGCGCGGCUGGUACAGCAACGAGCAACAACGGUUUGUCGAGCAGCGGCACCAUGACAAGCCAUGGAACACACGUUGUAACGACACCCACCUCGGUUCCCUCGACUAUGAACAGCGCGAACCACAUGACCACCUUGACCCACAAAUCGCCAUCGCCGUUGUCUCACGGUAUUCAUAGCUCGAGAAACAAAGACAACGGCGCAAUCGCGACCAGCACGACGGCGAACGCCUCCAACACGAGCGCCAGCAGUAACAACAGUAACAGCAACAUCAUCAUCACCACCACUACCAUCACUACCACCGCGAUUACUAUGGUCACCAGCACGAGCACGUUGGCUACAACUCAACCGGCUUUUGUCAGACCUUUCGAGGAUUCCUUUCGCUCCUCGUCGAAGCCGCAGCAAAGGACUAUCGUGAACAGUCACAAUCACAGCAUAUCGAGUCAACUUUCUUCUUACCAAGAAUCGUCGAUAAAAUCGGCCGCUACAACGACCACGUCCCAAACAAUCGGGGGACAAUUGUGUUACGACAACGCUGUCGUCGAUAACGCGAAAAACGCGAAUUCUCAGCAAUCCCUGUCACAUCCGAUCCCCUAUCCUCCUCAACAAUUUCAUCAUCCCCAUAUACCCGUCUCGCACGUAGCCAAUUUGUACAAACCGGCCCAUUUUUCUUCUUCGUCGUCGUCGUCGUCAUCGCAGCCUCAUCAAGUCCACUCGCAGCCAAAGAUUAACGUAUCGUCGACCACGUUGACUACUAACAGCGGUGGUAAUAGCGCGAGUAGCAACAACAGCGCCCCUAUGGUCAGUAAUACGAAACAAAGCGUGGUGCAUCAUGGGAACGAAAGUAAUCAAACUACGGUGACAACGUCGGGCCAGCGGAACGAAAUCUCGUCGUCGUUGUCGUCGUCGUCAUCGUCUUCAUCGUCAUCGUCGUCGUCGUCGUCGUCGUCAUCUUCGUCGCCCCCUUCGACCACGUCCAAUCUCGUUAAUUGCGUUUCCAGCGAGAAAAUGGGUGGAAACGCGAGUUACAACAAUAUCGUGGCCGGGAAUGGGAACAAAAUCGCGAAUCACGCGAAUUCGCAUCAUAAAACCGGCAUCUCGGAUACGUCGACGAGGGAGUGCGGCAAGUUAGUUAACUCGUGUAACGAGAAGAUGGAGAAUCACGGGAAGCAAACGGCGGCGAGCCAUCAGAAUCACGUGGGAAAGAAUUCGGUUGUUCAAGAGAAACCGUUGAUCAUCGCCCACUCGACGUACGAGCAACAAGGGAAAGGCCCGCCCCCUACUUUCCAACCAACGAACGUCAACUUCAAUCUCGCCGAGAAGGAGAUGAAACCUGAAUCAGAGUCUAAGAGCGAUCAGAACAACCUGUUGUCCACAUUAUCGUUUCAACCGAAUUUUAAGUUCAGCAUAAACGACAUCGCGCAGAAGCCUAUAGAUACGAGCCAGUUGAUGCAGAGCAUCAAGUCUGAGGAAGUUUUGCGUACCUGUCAGAACGUGUCCAAUGUUCUCCUACAGAUACCAAAAUACCAAGAGAAACUGUUGAAUUUCUCUAACGAGCUGAAAACCGCAUUUUGUUUCACCGACAAGUGCAAUAAUUUGACUGAGAUUUCCGUGAAGUGCGAACCGGCGGUGUUAAAUGUGCCUGACCUGAGCAAGGCUCUGGUCAAACAGGAGAUAACCAGCGAAAAGUCUUUUCUUGUACCUGAGAAACCGAAAGAGUUGACGUCCUCGUUGGAUCUUGCCGAAAGGAGAAGGAAAAGGAAACGGGAGAGGAAUACAGGUCUUGCAUGUAGUUCGGAUUCGGAAGGCGAGGAUGAAACGAAGGAUGUGGAUCUUUGGAUCAUCAAAGGUCCACCGGCCAAAUUACAGUAUUCUGAGAAGAAGCUCGCAUUCCUCGCCAUGUUCGGUCUAACCACUUUAAGUAUGAGGAACGAAAUAGAGCUUUGUAAAGUGGAGAAGAGGUACAGGUUAAAUCCAGAUCCACCGGAAGUACCUUUGGAGACGGAACAAGUGGUAGAAUCUGUAUUACCAAUACCGCGGGAACAUCCGGACGUAUUACUCCAUACACCAGAUUUCGAGCCGAAAGUUGGUUUUCUCAGGACUAUAGGCCUUGAUAUAAUGCCUCCGAACAGGAGAGAUGAGGCAGAAGUAACGUGGCAAUACGUUCUGCAAGAUCGUAAGAAACGGAAAUGUUCCAAUUCCGUGACUGCGUAUUGCGAAAGAAUUGCCAGGGCGUAUUCGAAGAAUCCACCAACAUUGCCUAAACCGCCGCAAAAGAUGAGGCUUUUGGAUAGAGUAAAAGUGAAACAAAUUCCAGAACGACCACCGCCUCUACCACCUUUGGUUCCAAACAUUGUCUCGAUGGGUUAUCCCUCUUUGCCUAUGCCCGGUGAAAAUGGGGUGAAACAACAUUGCAAGAUUAUGGAUAUGAAGAUCAUGGAUGAGAACAUGGAUGUAGAUUACGUGGAUGGAAAGAAAGAAAGACCUAAAUGGACUGGCAUCGAGGACAUCAUCCUUGCUUAUAGCGAAUAUUCCAAAGAAAAAGCAUUGGAAAAGAAAAUUUUGACGAGCGAAACAUCAAAAUUGGUGGCACAAUCGAACAACUUACGUUCCGAGACCAUUCAUCUAGAGCGGAGGAUAUACGAACUUUUAUCCGCGAGAACAGCUCUUGAUUCGGAAAGGCGAAUGUUGAGCGAGAAAAUCGAAAGGAUUAACGCACUUGUUAGGAACCUUAGGUAGCGAUGCGUAACGCACAACACGGAAACUCAUUCAUCUGUGAUAUUAUCGAAGGGUUAAGGGUCGUUAGCAUACCAAUACCAAAUAUAAAAUCUUACAAUUAUAUUUAGACAAGCGAAAAUUCGAUGAAACAAUUUUAUUGACCAAUUGUUAAACAACCUUUCGGUUUUAAUGACCAAAUGGAUACCACGAAAUGAUGUUAUACAUAUAAUGCAGAAUAUAAAAUUGCAAUAGCAACGGAUUGAUACUACGAUCGGUCGUGAAGCACACCUUUAUAUUUCGUAAAUGAUCCUCAUAUCAACACAACGUAUGAGACGAGUGUGUAAGAAGAUUAUAAAAAUUAUAUCUAAAUAUACAUGCACUUCUUAGUUCACGACUGAAGUUAGUUAACAAAGAUUUUAUAGUUUUAACUAACGGCUCUUAGACUCUAAACUAUAAAUAAUUGUAAUUUGUAUCAUAAUAUUUUAAUGAAAAAUAGACAAAUCGUAUAACUUAUUUUAUUCUGCGUAAUGUGGACUCUAUGUCAGAUAAUAACUUGAAACAAUAUGAUAUGUCAUGAAUUUGUAUAUGAAUCGAUCGUUAAUAUUAUCUGGUGUAAAAGAGAGGGGACAACUAAUCGCGACGUUGAAUCGGUUUAUUGAUAAUCGAAAAGUUACUCCAAUAUA